CCGAGCCCGAGCCCGAGCGGACACCGGGGGAGGCUAGCCUCGGCGCGGCACCUCACCGCAACCCCCCGGGAUGCUCCAUGACUCGCAGCCCAGGCCACUCGGCUGUCUCCAACUUGGACGCCGAGAGUAAGCUGAGAGCAUACUACCGUGCACCAUGGCACCAGCAGCGGAACAUCUUCCUUCCAGCUACCAGGCCACCCUGUGUGGAGGAGCUGCACCGCCAUGCCAGACAGAGUCUGCAAGCCCUGCGCAGAGAACACCGGAGCCGAAGUGAUCGUCGCGAGCAAAGACCUGCUGCUCCCCUGUCCAUAGCUGCUCCACCACUGCCAGCCUACCCUCCUGCUCACAGCCAGAGGAGGCGUGAGGCCAAGGACCGCCAUUUCCUAACGUCCCACUCUGCAGAGGAUGAAGACACAGAUGUCAUGUUAGGACAGAGACCGAAAAACCCAAUACACAAUGUCCCCUCUACACUGGACAAGCAGACCAACUGGAACAAAGCGCUACCUCUCCCAACUCCUGAGGAGAAGAUGAAACAGGAUGCUCAAGUGAUUUCUUCUUGCAUUAUUCCCAUCAAUGUUACUGGAGUUGGCUUUGACAGAGAAGCUAGUAUACGCUGUUCUCUUGUUCAUUCACAAUCCGUCCUACAGCGGAGACGAAAAUUGAGGAGAAGGAAAACCAUCUCGGGGAUUCCCAGAAGAGUUCAACAAGAAAUAGAUUCUGAUGAAUCACCCGUGGCCAGGGAAAGGAAUGUGAUUGUGCACACAAACCCAGACCCCUCCAACACUGUCAAUAGGAGGUCCGGAACCAGGGACUCUGAAUGCCAAACUGAAGAUAUUCUGAUUGCUGCCCCAUCCAGAAGGAGAAUCAGAGCUCAAAGGGGUCAAAGCAUUGCAGCUUCCCUUUCUCAUUCUGCUGGCAACAUCUCUGCCCUGGCAGACAAAGGCGAAACCAUGUUUACUCCUGUAGUGAGCAGCCGCACGAGAUCUCGGAGCCUUCCUCGGGAGGGAAAUAGAGGUGGAGAUGCUGAACCCAAAGUUGGUGCUAAACCCUCAGCAUAUGAAGAAGUAAAGCCUUUUGUGGGUGACCAUGAAAGAGCCCCUAAUGAUCGUAGUGAAGCUCCAAGCAGCCCAAGUGCACAGGAACGCCAGCCUGCUUUGGGCCUGGCCUGCUCUCAGCAUCAUCACAGCCCCCAGCACAAGUUAAGUGAGAGGGGGAGGUCUCGUCUGUCCCGAAUGGCGGCUGACUCUGGAAGCUGUGACAUCUCCUCCAACUCAGACACCUUUGGAAGCCCCAUCCAUUGCAUUUCCACAGCUAGUGUCCUCCUCAGCAGCCACAUGGACCAGAAGGAUGACCACCAGUCCUCCAGUGGUAAUUGGAGUGGGAGCAGCUCCACGUGCCCCUCCCAGACCUCAGAGACAAUCCCUCCUGCAGCUUCUCCUCCCCUCACUGGCUCUUCGCACUGUGACUCGGAAUUGUCACUGAACAUUGCUCCGAAUGCUAAUGAAGACACCAGUGUCUUCGUGACAGAACAGUACAAUGACCACUUGGAUAAAGUAAGAGGCCACCGGACAAACUCCUUCACUUCCACUGUUGCAGAUCUGCUGGAUGACCCCAACAACAGCAAUGCAAGCGACAGUGAGUGGAAUUAUCUCCACCAUCAUGACGCAUCCUGCCGCCAAGAUUUUAGUCCUGAGCGUCCAAAGGCAGAUAGCCUGGGCUGCCCAAGUUUCACAAGCAUGGGCACCUAUGACAGCUUUCUGGAAAAGUCUCCUUCAGACAAAGCAGAUACUAGCUCUCAUUUCUCAGUGGAUACAGAAGGAUACUAUACCUCGAUGCACUUUGACUGUGGUCUCAAAGGUAAUAAGAGCUAUGUCUGUCACUAUGCAGGCCUGGGCCCAGAGAAUGGUCAGGGUGUAGGAGUUCCUCCUGGUCUUCCGGACUCUGCCUGGCAAGACUACUUAGACCACAGGAGGCAGGGGAGACCAAGCAUUUCUUUCAGGAAACCAAAGGCAAAGCCGACUCCACCUAAGCGUAGCUCAUCGUUGAGAAAGUCUGAUGAAAACACAGAGAUUUCUGAGAAGAAAGAACCAAAGAUAAGCAGUGGUCAGCAUCUGCCUCACAGUUCCAGGGAAAUGAAGCUGCCUCUUGAUUUCUCCAACACGCCUUCUCGAGUGGAAAAUGCCAAUCUGCCUGCAAAGCAGGACUCUCCUUGGAUAAACCAGAGUGAACACGCUGUUAAGGAACCUCAGCUGGAUGCUACAGACAUUUCACCUUUCAAAGAUGAAGGGGCUGCUGAAUCAACUCACUAUGCAGACCUCUGGCUUCUAAAUGACUUGAAAACAAAUGAUCCUUACAGAUCCUUAUCUAAUUCAAGCACUGCUACGGGUACCACAGUUAUCGAAUGCAUCAAAUCUCCGGAGAGUUCUGAAUCCCAAACAUCCCAGUCAGAAUCAAGGGCCACCACCCCAUCUCUUCCUUCUGUCGAUAAUGAAUUUAAACUGGCUUCACCAGAAAAGCUGGCUGGCUUGGCAUCUCCAUCAAGUGGCUACUCAAGCCAGUCAGAAACACCAACCUCCUCUUUCCCAACAGCUUUCUUUUCAGGUCCAUUGUCUCCUGGAGGUAGCAAAAGAAAACCUAAAGUCCCAGAAAGGAAAUCCUCACUACAGCAACCGUCUUUGAAAGAUGGAGCCCUGUCAUUGAAUAAAGAUUUGGAACUUCCGAUUAUACCUCCUACCCAUCUUGACCUAAGUGCUCUUCAUAAUGUUUUGAACAAACCAUUCCACCACCGCCACCCGCUGCAUGUUUUUACUCAUAAACAGAACACAGUUGGAGAUAUGCUGAGGUCAAACCCUCCGCCGUCUCUUGCAAUCACACCAACGGUCCUGAAAUCUGUCAACCUUCGGUCUAUCGGUAAGUCUGAGGAAGUUAAACAAAAGGAGGGCAAUAAUACAGAUCUCCCCGGCUUAGAAGAGAGUACUGCAACAGUAGCUUCUGCGGCUUCUGUAUCUCCAGGUAAAACAAGGCCACACCCAGCAAGGAAAUCAGUAUCACGCCAAUACUCCACUGAAGACACCCUCCUGUCCUUUUUAGAUGCCUCUGCAGUUGAAAUGGGGCCAGAGAAGCAUCUGGAAAAGAACCCUACUUUUGAUGUGAAGACUCACUGCGAUCCAGAAACUGUAACCUCAGCUGGUAGCAAUCCUCCCGAUUCAAGUGUGAUGAAAGACCAAAUACAGAUGGAAAGUGAGCUUAUUCCAGAAAAGAUAGCAAGUAAAAACUGUGGCUAUUCAACAGGGUUUCAGAGGGUGUCUGCUGCCCGCCCCAUUGAUUUGGGCAGUAAAAUGAUGCAGUAUGGAGCUAGCCCAGAUGGAGUCCCACAACAAGGACCGAAGGCACCCUCUGGAGUUGGGGAAGAAGGUGUGAAACUGGAAUCUGUGGAUGGAAUCACACUUCAAGCCAACUCAUCAACUAGAGUAACAGACAUGAGCAGUCACCAUAAGCAUCAACGAGCUGUGAGCCGUCACCACAACAAAGUGCCUGUGACCAUCCGCCAUGAGUCAGAGAUGUCAACUAUAAAUUCAUUCCCUGAAAAAUGUUCUGAGCAGGAAAAUAUUGCUUCAGGUAUUUCAGCCAAAAGUGCCUCUGACAACAGCAGAGCAGAGGAGACCCAAGGAAGUAUGGAUGAGACUUCAUUGAAAGAAUCAUCACCGAGUGAUGACUCCAUCACUUCACCGCUCAGUGAGGACUCUCAAGCUGAAGCUGAGGGUGUGUUUGUGUCUCCAAACAAACCUCGAACAACUGAGGAUCUAUUCGCUGUCAUUCACAGAUCCAAGAGGAAAGUCCUUGGAAGGAAAGAUUCUGGGGACAUGUCUAUUAGAAGCAAAUCCAGGGUUCCCCUUGGCAGCAGUAGCAGCAGUGCCAGUUCUGUCGCUUCAACCGGCAGCAAUGUGACAUCUGGGACUAGCCAGAGGUCUCCUGGUCUCAUCUACCGAAAUGCCAAAAAAUCCAACACAUCCAACGAAGAAUUUAAGCUACUGCUUCUCAAGAAAGGCAGUCGCUCUGAUUCUAGUUACCGCAUGUCUGCCACCGAAAUCCUGAAGAGCCCCAUCCUGCCCAAGCCUCCUGGAGAGUUCACUUCAGAGUCCUCACAGAGCCCUGAUGAUACCCACCAGGGCACACCCGGGGCUGAAGCGCUGUCCCCUCUGUCCCCGUGCUCUCCACGAGUCAAUGCAGAAGGGUUUUCCUCGAAAACCUUUGCCACCUCAGCAUCAUCCCGGGUUGGACGUUCCCGGGUCCCACCUGUGGCCAGCAGCAGCCGCUACAGUGUCCGCUGCAGGCUGUACAGUACGCCAAUGCAGGCCAUCUCCGAGGGAGAGACUGAAAACUCUGACGGGAGCCCACAUGAUGACCGAUCCUCCCAGAGUUCCACAUAGUUUGCCUGAGCCAAGCAGACCUCAGAUGUACAGCCCCUUAUUGUUGAAUGAAUUGUGUGAUAUCGUAGAGGAACUAACUGGGAGAAGUGGCAACAGGGUGGGGGAAUCGCAUCGUUGCUUGGCCAUGAGCUUCUACAUAUGUGCUGGAAAAACAGAAAGUGAUUGAGUCAUUUCUUUUUUAUUAGUUUUCAUGUUUUAAGUAGCAGUUCUGUCUGUCGUGGUUUUCUUUAGCAUAGUUUGAUUUACCCGAUCUCAUUCGUUGUGAUAAUAAAGAAUACAAAAAUAUCUAACUUUCUUGAAACCUAGACAAGGUUUUCCCAGAGCUGCCUAUUGUGAAAAUAAAGCCCUCACUGUCAUACUUUAAGAAGAUGAAAUUACUCUGGAGGUUUGGUAUUUUUUUUACAUUAAAAUGAACUAAAGCAAGAUUUAGAAGAAAGAACUACACAUAUGUAAAUACCAUAUUUUUGAUAAAAAUGUGUAAAUAGAUUUAUCAAUGAUGAGUGGACAAGUGGCCAAUUAUCUACCACACACCAACUGUUUAUAGGACACACACAAAAUAUAAUACCUGUAUUCUGUGAAUACCAUUUUCAUAUCAAAUACCAUGUUUAAAUGUCCACCAACAUGAUUUCUGAGUGAUAAACCUCAAAUAUGAAUUUAAAACUGGUGAAAUAAUGGAAAUAUUGAGGUCAUGUACUGAAUUGUGAUUAACUUAAAAUAACGAAUUCAGACCUAAUCAUUGUUGUGACAAAUUGUAGCAGAAACAAGCUAAUCUGAGUUUGUGGCUGUGUCUUGCCAUGUGGCAAUUUGAACAGAAUGAAAAGCAUGCUUUUGAUCUUUUUAACCAAUGAGAGAAAUCAUCCUUCUCAAUGCAAAGAACCCCCCCUCCCAAUAGCGUUAAACAGUGUCCUUUAGAGUCUAAUUUUUUUUCCAGUGAAUUGCUUUAAGAAGAAUGAGUAGAGAAACCAGUAGUUAAUUUUAGGUCAUGUUUUCUAUAAGGCUACUGGGGACAAACAGUCAUACUCUCAUGACUAUACUCAUUAAGCUUCUUGAUUAGCUCCAGGUUCUUAAACUAACAGAGAUAGAACCUAAGCAUGCCACAGAGCUAUUGAAUUCUCAGUAAGCACCCGCCCUGUGAUGAGUUUUCAGCGAAGCUUUUUCUCUGUGCUGAUGAGCUUCAUGCUACCUAAAACUUAACAGAAGUGACACUGUGAACAAUGUCGUUGGGAAAUGAGUAUGUGUAUAUGCAUUAUUUAUAUUCACUCUUCACCUGGGCAUGGGGAGCAGCUCUGGUUCACAAUGCUACAUACAGCAUUUUUUUUUUUGGUCUGAUUUUAUUAGAACUGCU